AUGUCCAACCAGCCACCACCAUACUAUAUCCUGUUCUCACAUUCAUCGGUGGCGGCGACGAGCUUGGCGGCAAAUCAGUCGAAUACUCUGGCGCAUCCAGUCAUUCAGUAUCAAUACGCAGAUGAUUCCCCCCUCUCGCUGUUGCCCCAGUCGCCAGAUGAACAUGUUCUGAUUCUCGACUACGACCCAUCGUCGCAGUUGCCUGUUGUGAGGAGCGCGUCUCACGAGAUGGUGGUGACGGGGCUCAAGGUCGCCGAGGCCCCCGGUGCUGCUGCUGCAGCGGAAGAAGGCGGCCCUCCAAGGAACGACCGGAUGUACAUCAUUGAAACCACUUUGAAGGAGGACAGGCCUGCGGUCGACCCGUCGCAGGGCGAACGCGUCUCCCCCCCAACCGUUCUAGCACAGUUCAAACAGAGAAAUGCCGUUCUACGACGCGCACUCGACUAUCCUAGCAAUACGACUGCACCGUAG